AUGGAGGUGGUGGAGUUUGAGACCGCCAAGGCAGGCGAUAAGAAGUACCUGCGCAAGUACUUUGCAGGCUUGGAUGCGGCGCUGAGUGUGGACAAGUCGGAUCCGAGGCCGCAUCUGGCGCGGAUGACCGAGCAUAUGGAGGUGGCGCUGGCGACGAUGGCGGGCAAGGAUGAUGGCGAGGGCGAAAAGGCGGGCGAGGAGAUGGACGAUGCGGCGGUCAAGGCGGCCAAGGCAGCGGCCAAGGACAAGAAGGUAUUUGCCGAGUACGUGACCGAGACGAUUCUCCCGCUGAUCAUGACCUCGCUUCUGGACCGCGAGUACAUGGCGGCGGCGCACAUCGAGGCGAUGCUCGAGUUUGUGGGGCAGGUCAUUGACGCAGUUGUGGAUGCGAUUCGUUCGCGGAAGCACAGCGACGCGUUUCUGCGGUCGCUGGAGCCGCUGGUCACUGCCUCGAUGGACUUUUAUACCAAGCACGGAGUCGAGUCGGAUGAGGACGUGUCGCCGGAGGAACGAGCCAAGUUCUUCCUCACCACCGGGUCGUCGACCCAGUAUGCGUACAUCGACUCGACGGACCCAGACGACUCGGUCUACUUUGCGCGGGUCAUUUCGCAGCUCGGUGAGCGCGGUCUCUUUGACGCCAUUGUCGAGCGUGUGGCGUGCGGCGAGCGGCUCGAGUCGACGACGCUCCUUUUGUUUGUGCGGUUUGCCAAGGCUGUCGAGGAUGACCUCGUCCCAGCCUUUCUCACCUCGUAUCUUCCGCACCUGACUAGCGCCGUGCUCCGCUACCUCGGUAGCCUCACGGCCGACGAGGCCAAGACUCAGGAUCUCGAAGACCUCUCUGAAUGCCUCAACCUGCUGGCCAAGAUGAGCAAGAUCUCGCGUGACGCCGAAGUGGCGGCACUCAACCAGGCGCUGCAGCAGGCCAAGCUGGAUCUCGCGCUGACCUACAUCGAGCUCCCGUUCCUUGCGCCGUCACUCAAGGGCAUGGGCUACUUGCGGCAUCUCAUGGCUGUUGCUGCUGGAGACAAGGACGAGAACGCGGCAUUCAAAAAGCCAAAGCGCCGCGGUAACAUGGUGUCGUACUAUCCGGCGGCGUACACGUCACCGGCUGCGGCGGUGGCGGCAGCAGCGCUGGCGCGCAGCCGCGGUGGCGCGUCGGCGAGCUCGGGCAGCUCGUCGUCGGGAGGAGAAAAGGGGCCGAUUGCGCCGCCGACCCUCAUCACCAUUCCGUUCCUCCUUCGGUGGAUGGACGACCAGAGUCUGAUGGAGCGGGUGCUUAAGGCCGGCCAUCCCGAGGUAGUCAAGGGCGGCUCGCACAUCCUCCAGUUUAUCGCCGAGCACGACGUGCUCUCGAACGACGUUCUCGACUCGAUGUGGUCGACCGUCCUUACCGGCCACGAGUCGAUCCAGGCCAAGAUCUUUGAGGUCUUCCUUGCCCUCAUCGAUGUCCUCCCGACUGUCCAGGUCGACUACAUUUACUCGCACAUCCAGGCGCUCGAGCCAGAGCGGUUCGACAACCAGGUCCUCAACUUUGUGUCGGACUUUACCCUCAAGGCUGUGGCCAAGGCCGAAGACGGAGACGACGGCGACGGCGGCGAUACCGGCGAUGCGCCGGGCGCGUCAUCGGGAGCGGGUGUGCGCCAGCCGGCGUCGACAUAUGGGCUCGAGCUGUUCUGGAACAUUUUGCUCACCGCCUCGUCCGACGCUGUCGUCCGCGAGACCUGUAACUACCUGCAGCGGCUGCUGGGCGAGUUCCCGGCGCACCGCGAGGCGUUUGUGGAAAAGUGCGUGGCCAACCUUGCGAGCGGAACCAUUGUGGCAACUUCGGUUGCGCUGCUCUCGUCGAUCCUGGACUCGUACACGCCGACCUCGCUCGCCGAAGCUCUGGUCGAGCUCAACGACCAGCACUCGCUGUUGGCGGUGCUUGUCGGCCAUGUUGCGAGCGGGAGCCCGGCCGCCCGAGACGAUCUCUCGUGCAUUCUUGCGCUCCUCGACUCGGUCCUCACCUCGUCGCCGCUGGAGCUUGAGACUGAGCUUGCCAACUCGCUGUGGGACGCCGGAGUGGCGCUUGGCGCGUCGGCCGAGGUCAUUGACUGGUUCUACUCGAUGUCGUUUGCGACGACGCUUGUGGAUCCGUACACCAAGGAGCGGUCGUACACUGCGCUGCCCGACGCUGUCAAGGCCGAGCUCUUCACCUCGCGCAUUGCUUCGCUCGCGCCGGCCGACGUCGACGCGCCGUCGAUGCGACUGUAUGCGGCGUACUUUCGCGACGUCAACGCUCGCGCUGGUACGCUCCGCAAGAUCUCGGACAUCAUGACUCGGACGCUGGCCUUUGCCGGCAUUGAGGGCGAGUCGUUUGUGUGGCAGGUGGCGGCGAUCAACGCCGACGCCGAGGUUGCUACCGAAGCGCUCUUUAUUCUUCGCGACGUCUAUGUCAACGUCGACGACGUGGUGCCGGCCGGUGCGGCGCGAACCGCUCGUGCGCGGGCCACCGACGCCAUCCUCGCCGAGCUGGCCAAGGGCUGCCAGCUCUCGGGCCCGCGCAUGAUUUGGCUGCUGAAGGAGCUGGUGGUGGCGACAAGGGCCAAGGGUGCGCUGCAGGCGCUUGACCGGUCCUCGCCCGGUGGACGGCUCGUCACGAGCGCUUUCGACACACUCUUUGGCCUCCUUGCCGAGCCGGCGCUCAUGGACGGCGUGUGGGAGCUGCUGCUACUGUUGCCGGACGAGCCUAAGCUCGCGAGCGCAGUCUACGGACUCCCCACCAACGAGGCCGGCCUUGAGCUGGCGGUGACGCCGUACGACCCGGCCAAGGAGCCGGGUCCGUUUACCUUUCACGUCUUUUACGUGGCACGGAUGAUCAAGGCCGCCCUGGCCGUCCCCGGGUGGGCCGAGGCGUUUGUGGCCCACGGCGGGCUCGAGUACCUCAUUGGUGUCUUUACCACUAAGGAGGUGCUUGAUACGAGCAACCCAGCGCACGUGUACGGCAAGCGAGCGGCUUCGCUCCUUGCAACACUCAUCAACGCCAUCUUCAACGCGCCUGGCCUAAUGUCGGCUGGUGCGCUUGCGGCGUCGCUUGACACUGCCUUUAUCCACAACCUCAUGUCGCAGGUCGCCGAGCUCGCGGCGCCGCAGCCUGGCGGGGCGAUUUCGACCUCGCUAGUCAUGUCGCGGCCAAAGCCGCCGUCGUCGUCGCGCGGAACGCUCAUUGCCAACUGCCACUACGCCGCCACGCCUAAGGUGCUGCGGUUUGAGGUCGAGGCCGAGGGCCCGUACCAGGUUGCCGUCUACUGCGUCGACUACAACACCAACCGCCGCAUCCAGUCGCUCACCGCGUAUCUCGGCGACGACCACUCGCUCGGUGCGCCGCCCAAGGAAGAGGGCGUCGAGCACGAGGCCGCGGUCAUCCUCUCGGGCCCGCAGUUUCACAACGGGCAGUGGGUGGUGUGGAAUGUGUACGGCAAGGGCGCGUUCAACAUCCGAAUCGCUGUCGUCGACACCGGAGGGCCGAACUGGACUUUCUCGGCCUUUCUCCUCGACCCGCUUAGCCCCGGCGAUAGCGAGCCUCCAGCUGGCGCCGACCUCGCGUUUCCGACGCUCGCUGCCAUUGACUCGUCAACUCAGGGCCGGUGGCGCGGAGUCUACGGCUCUGGCGGCGGUGUGCUGCUGGGCAAGACCAACUAUCCGGUUCCGUCGUCGGUGCCGAGCAUGGGCCUCGGGGCGUGGACGACAAACAAGGCGUCCAAGUAUGAGUGGAUUUCCGAGCUCACUUCGGACCCGCGGGCGAUGCAACAGGUCGGUGCUGAGCCGCUGGCGGCAGCAGCCGCCGCGGCGGAGCCGGAGCCGCUAGCUAGCGGCAAGCCUGAGCCCGAGGUUGACUCGACUGAGCCGUGCGAGCCCGAACUUGCCAUUGCGGCGGCCGCGAGCCACGCAGCAUCCGCGGAUGCCGAGUGUGUGGUGCCUGCGGCGCUGCUUGAAGGCGUUGCCGGCUCGACGUCCAAGUCACUCAUCGAGAUGCUGUUUGCAUCUGUUAGCUCGUCGGCAGACCUUGUCCGCAGCGUGCUCGAGUACGCGCGCGACGGCUCGAGCUUUGCUGACUGGCUUCGCGCCACGCUUGUGGGCUCUGCCGACGCCGGGGUGCGGUCUGGAGUCCGCGAUGGGCUCCUUGGCCUUGGCGCCACACCGGCGGGUGCGGAGCUGCGGACGCUUCUCGAGGCCGAGCUGACUGAGCUCGGGGCGCUGCGUGCGAGCACGCCGAUGCCGGACCUCACCCAGUUCUUUGACGUGGUUGUGGCGCUUGAGGCACAGGUGGCGACGCCGCCGCUGGCACUGUUUGAGGCUGUGGCGCGGAGGGUGCUCGAGGCGCCGAUCUUGGAAGACGACGACGGCGAGGUUGAGGACACGCUCCUCGGUGGUGAGCUCCGGCUGCUUGCGCUCUUUCUGGAGAAGCACGAGGCGUGCCGCAAGGCGGCCGGCAAGCUGCGGCUCGAGCCGUUCCUCUUUGACGUGGCGCUGUUUGGCGAGCCAGAGAGCCGCGACGAGCCGGCGCUCCCGCUGUGCAAGUCGCCGCAGGCGCGGGCGCCUGCCUUUGGGGCGCUCGUCACGCUUACGCUCGCAAGCGACAAGACGGCGACGAUGGUGGCCAAGCUACUGAGCCACCUCAAGAGCGCGGCGCUGCCGACCGGCGAAGAGUGGAACGUGGAUCCGGCAAAUCCGACCGGAACCACGGCAGCGGCCGAUGCGUUGACUGGAUAUGGGCGCGGGAGCGGACGGAGCGAGCGGAGCGUGUGCAAGUACCGUGGGCUCAAGAACCAGGGCUGCACCUGCUACAUGAACGCGUCGCUGCAGCAGAUGUUCCUCAUCCGUGAGCUCCGCGACGCGGUGCUCAAUGUGCCAUUGCCUGGCGAGGCGUCGGACGAUGAGCAGGCCAAGAACAUCAUGUUCCAGCUCCAGCUCCUCUUUGCGCACAUGCAAGAGUCGAAGGAGAGCUACGUCGAUACCAUCGGGUUCUGCCGGACGGUGAAGAUGAACGGCGAUUUCAUCCGGCUCGGACAGCAGGAGGAUGCCAACGAGUUCCUCAACGGGUUGGUCGACCAGCUCGAGCCGCACCUCAAGGGCACGCCGCAAGAGCACGUUUUCCGCGACGUGUUUGGCGGGACGUACAUGAACCAGAUUGUGUCGAAGGAGUGCGAGCACAUCUCGGAGCGGCCCGAGGAGUACCUCACCAUCUCGGUCAAGGUGCAGGGCAAGCGGAACUUGCAGGAAGGCCUCGAGUUUCUGGUCCAGGGUGACAUGCUCGACGGCGACAACAAGUACCACUGCGAAAAGUGCGACGCCAAGGUGGCCGCCAACAAGCGGUGCGUCAUCCAGCACCUGCCCAACACGCUUGCACUGCACCUCUGCCGGUUUGAGUUUUCUUUUGAGACCUUCCAGAACGUCAAGGUCAACGACCGCUUCGAGUUCCCAGAGACGCUCAACAUGAAGCCGUACACCCGUGAGGGUCUCGCGCUCGCCGAGGGUCUCCCGGUCAACGACGAUGAGAUCCGUCCCGACUCGUACUACGAGUACCAGUUGGCAGGCGUGAUCAUCCACUCGGGCACGGCCAAUGCUGGGCACUACUUUUCGUACAUUCGCGAGCGCGACGGCGAGCCGUCGAUCGCGCCGUGGUACGAGUUUAACGACCGGCGUGUCUCGCCGUUUGCCAAGGACGAUCUCGCCGACAAGGCCUUUGGCGGCGCGUACUCGGGCAUGUCGACCCACUCCAAGUCGUUCUCAGGCUACAUGCUCUUCUACGAGCGCAAGGAGCGGUUCGCGGCACGGGUGUACGACUCAGUCCCACUCCCGCCGCCGUCGCCGGUCUCGCACGACCCGGUUAUUCUGGCCAAGCUCUGGCACGACGCCAUCAAGCGUGCCCAGCGCCGUCGGCUGCUCGGCGCCCCGUCGUUGGCCUUUAUGUGGGAUGUGUUCAAGGCUGCGCCGCCGUCGAUGGCCACCGUCGAGCUCGGAACGUCGCUCAUGUUUGACCUCCUCUGCCACUGCGCCGGCAUCGACGACAUGGCCGAGCGUAUGCGCUACCUGCAGACGCUCCUCCUCGACUCGGAGCCGGAGCUCGCAUCCGAGGCUUGCGCGUGGAUGCUGAAGCAGCUGGCUUCGGUCCUGUGUGACUGGCUGCGCAAUGUGCUCGUCAAGUGCCCCCUGCCAGACGUCCGAGACGCGGCUUCGGACCUGGUCAUUGCGGUUAUGGCGCGGGUGGCUGCCGACGAGGCUGCCGUCGCUGCCGCCGCGCCGCCGGCCGCCGCCGAUGACGAGGCUGCCGCCACUAAGCCGCCGCUUGUCGAGGAGUUUGGCUCGCGAGUGGUCAAGGUCCUGCGUCUUGCAGCUUACCGAUCGCCCAAGACCACCGGGGCGCUCGUCCGGGUGCUCAAGGCAUACGCCGAGUCUGGGCCGGCGGCACGGUCGUCGCUGGUCGGCAUCGGUGCCGUCAAGGAGUUGUGCCAGCUGUACAUGGCGUGGAAGACGCCGGUGAUGGGGUCAAAGAGCGAGAGCGACGCGGCGCCGGCCCAGCUCCCGCUGGUGGAGCUCAUUGUCCUCCUUGCCACCGCCGACGACAUUGCGUCGGUCGAGCUGAGCGAGGCCGACGUCGAGAAGCUGUUUGAAAAAGCAUUUGUGACUGCGGUGUCGGGCGUGCCGGCAUAUUCUGACCUUGUCGCCGCGCUCAUCGCGCGGUGGUGCCCGUCGAACGAGCUGCUCUCGGACCGGCUCCUGCUCGGCAUCUCGUCGGGUGUCAACGCGUACUUUGACACCGCGCCGCAGUCCUCGUUUGCCGCCGCUCUCGAGGCCCUGUUGGGCAUCGACGACGAGCUUGCGACAUCGCGAGCAACCAAGGUUGCCACUGGCCUCCUCGCCCUCCUCAUCAAGAACCUCAAGCUCGCCCGCGCCAAGACCUUUAUCGUCGCGCUCAUUUGCCGCAUCGCUCUCAUCUCGCAGACUGUCCACGACGAGCUUGUCUCCGCUACUGCCUUCCUCGGCAUGAUCGACAAACACGCAUCGUUCCGCGACUACCUUCGCAGCGACGACGUCCGUCCCUCGUUUGUCGCCGCCUUUCCCGAGCUGGAGCAGGCCAUUGCCUUCCGCGACGCGUCGGUCGCAACGACCCCGGCCGACUCGCCUGCUGGCGACGCUGCCUCUACCGACCUCGAUCUCACUGCGGGCGCCGAUGACGACGACGACGACGCUGUCGAGGCCGUUGUUCAGGGCCCCGCACUGCCGUGAUAAAAGUUGGCAACCUCG